AUGCACAUGCAGUUGCUUCAACAUCAGUUUGUCCUCGAAGGCGAGGUAAGGAGCCUGGAAGAAGCUCAGCCGCUCGAUUGGAUUCACUUCCCAAAGACUGGCAGCUCCUUCAUCAACGCCAUCAUCCACCUGAAAGGCGCUUGCCCGUCUCUGGCGAACGUCGCUCUCAAGGAAGACACGGUCGGCGGCGGCCCCUGCUGGCUGUCCCACUGGCUCAAGCACGACUGCCCCAAGGUGUGCAAUGCGGACAAGUACACUUGCCCUCAGCCGUACCAUGCACACCUCCCUGUAACCAAUUACUCGGCCCAGCGUGGUCACUUGGUUGGAAUGUUCCGCGAUCCGAAUCAGCGUAUCCUUUCUGGCUACCAUGAUGAUGAAAACAACUUUGCCGCCUACACAGAGGAGCUCUACAUGCAUGACCUGGAAUCUAGAGUAGAGUGCAGGGGGGUGCUGAACGACGUAAAGACAUGGCCGAAGAGGCCGCUUUCAGAGUUCGCCGAAAUGUGGAAGGGCGGUAUGACAUACCAGCUCGUGACCGAGCAUCCGACCACCGUAACCCUGGAUCCACGCCGGCCCCAGGUGACGAGCCGAGACGCCACUGAGGCAGCACGAAGGGUGCGUGACGGCUUUGCCUUCGUAGGCCUCACAGAGGAGUGGGACCUGUCAAUCUGCCUCUUUCACAAGAUAUUCGGAGGAGCAUGUAGUGCCUUCGAUUUCCUAAACACGAGGCCCAGCUUUGAUGGGAAGAGCGCCGACCACGCUUACGACACCUCCGAGCUUCAGGGGUGGUACGAUGACAUUGAUGAAGUGGUGUAUGCUGCCGCGGUUGAGGUCUUCCGCCGCUCUCUGCCCCAGACAAUCGCGGCCGUGCAAGGCUUGGAAGCGCUAAGCUCCCGAAAAGAGCUGGGAAUUAGCCGGUCCUUCUGGCUUCCAGUGUCCAAGGCAGGCCUCGCAGGGCCCCUCACCUGCAGCCCAGCUAACAAAGGACCCAACAAGAGCUCCGAUGGCCGCCGGGCCGCGGAGGCGGACCCCAAAGUGUGGGAGGUGGUGCGCGGUGUGGUUGGGCCUCGCAGCCUCAAAGUCAUCACACCCGACUACGCAAAAGGCGACAUCCACGGAUACGGGAACGUGGCUGUGGACAUCGAUGACCCGCGGUCGGGAGUCAUCUCGCCCGCCCAUACGAUUGAGUCGCUUGGCACAGGCUUUGACACUCUGGCGAUCGACUGCCAAGGUUGCUUUGCCACUUUCUUGGAUGAGAACCCCAUGCUGCGGCAGACGCUCUUAGCGAUCAUCGUAGAGGUUCACCAGUGGUCGUCUGAGCCGGCGGCUGUGCAAAAGCUGCUUCAGGAAGGUUGGGAGUUGAAGCAACGGGUGUUGCGUCAGCACGUGCUGUGCAAGGGGCCGUGUGUCAGUCAGUGUGAUCCACGUUGGUCUGAUCAGCACGCCCGCCAGUACUACGGAAAGGACUUUUGGUGA